AUGGCCUCUCUCUCUCACCAAAACCAAAACCAAAACCAGCAGCACGAAAAUCCUUCUCCCUCUUCUUCUCCCUCCUCCUCUCACUCCAGCAAAAGUAGUGAGAGAAACAGUAGUGGAGAAGGGAGGAGAAAGUGCAAAGGUAAAGGAGGACCAGACAAUAACAAAUUUAGGUACAGAGGGGUUCGGCAAAGGAGCUGGGGCAAGUGGGUGGCGGAGAUCCGAGAGCCUAGAAAGCGAACACGAAAAUGGCUUGGGACAUUCUCGACCGCCGAAGAAGCUGCUCGUGCUUAUGACCGCGCCGCUGCUGCCCUUUACGGGGCUCGCGCGCAGCUCAACCUUGAGCAGCCCGUUGCAUCAAAAUUAACCGCCCCACAAUCCUCGGCCGCUUCGCUCCGCCCGCUCCUUCCAAGACCUACGGGCUUUAAUACAGGCUUUAAUCACCAUAUUAACGCUUAUCCUUGUUCCGCAUCGACUUUCUCCCUCUUGAAUAACCCAACGAGCUCUUUGGGUUCAUGUAAUCAGUUUCCGGCAACUGUGAGUCAGUUUCCGGUACCUGUUUCUCCAUAUGUGGACUCGACCCAACAACCAUUGAUACAUGGUUUUUAUGAUGAGAUUGGCGGGCUUGCGGGAUCGGUGGACGCGAGCCUUUCUCUCUCUAGGGUUUCAGAUGAGAGUCUUUCUCACCCGAGGGUUUCAGGCGCUGAAACUCAAGGAUACGAGGUUCGGAAUGGAGGAGAGAGAGAAAUUCCAGCGGUGAGUAUGGCGGUGCCGCCUUCACCUUCAUCGAGCCUUAUGUGGCCCCCUUACGAGUACGAGCAGGCAGCGAUGCUCAGUGCACUGCCACCUAUGGACCCAAACCCAUCUUCUCUUUGGGAGGAUGGUGAGCCCUUUAUGUUCGACCUCUGA